AUGCACGACCCGCGCGCCCCCCCGGGGUCGGUCAUGCUCACCCCGACCGCGGGGUUCUGCCUCAAAGCCCAGCGCGAGCGGUGGAUCGAGGCUGGCGGGAAGGUCUUCAUCAACGUCUGCUCGCACGCGAGGAUAGACCCGGUGUGCGGCGCGAACCUCGCGCCGGUGACGACGGAACACCUGGACGCGUGGGGGCUCGCGAACGCGCGCGUGCCCGUCCUCGUCGGCCCGUCGCGCGCGAUGGUCGACGCGGAAGGCCGAGACGCGACCGCGGUGGACGCCAUCUUCCACCCGGACGUCGUGGAGCGCGCGUUGCGCGGCGGGAAGGGCGUCGCCGCGGCGCACUAUCGCGACUACCUCGUCGACAUCGCGGUCAAGAACGUGGAGGAGGACCACGGGAUCAAAGUGAUCAGGCGCGUUCUAUACACUGGGCGAUGGAGCGUGUUGGAGAACGCGCGGUAUAAGGGGCCGAACGGGGAGUGCUCGGAGAAGACGCACGUGUUUCCCGUGUUCGCGGGGGACGGCGGCGGCGGCGGCGGCGACGACGCGGCGGCGGCGGGUGGGGGGAGGGACGCGUCGUCGAGCGAGACGACGACGACGGCGGCGGCGGCGGCGACGACGAAGCGCGAACCGAGCGGGAGACGCUGCGACGGCGCCGCCGUCAUCAAGAAGGGCUUCCUGACCGGCUCCUCCGGCGCGGGCGCGGAGCUCUACCCCGACGGCUCCGCGGAGGGCAUCCCGAAGCCCGGGGAGCAGUACGACCCGCUCGGGCACAUCCCGGAGAGCGUGCGGAGUAAGUGUCACGUCGUCGACACGGGGGCGAUCACCGGGGAGGACUUUCGCGCGGUGACGAACGAGUACGCCGCGACCGGGAGGCUGGACACCGCGAAGAGAGGGGUGUACGCCAAGGGGAGCGAGCCCGGGAGCGGGCCGAGGGAGAUCGGGACCGGGCACCCGUCGCGCGUUCGCGGCGUCGCGGCGGCGAAGACGAAGGCGCCGUCGAAAACGCCCCCGGCGGCGAGGACAGAGCCGGCGCACGUCGUCGCGGAGACCACGCUCGGCGGCGAGCUCGCGAUCGAGGUGCGCGUGCAGCUCCCGAUGUUGAAGGGCGGCCUGGACGCGGUCGACCUGGACGUCGGCGCGGACGUCCUCGCGCUGCGAUCGGAGGAGUACGACUUGAAACUGAAGCUCCCGCGCGCCGCGCGCGCGGAGGACGCGAAGGCGAAGUUUUCGUCCAAACGCAUGGAGCUCAAGGUCACGAUCCCGACGACGUGACGCGACGAUAGCACGACUACGAUAGACUAAGUUAUGACAACACGACGCGAAACCCUAGU